AUGACUGACUUGCCAUCAUACCGAGUUCAGCCUCAUCGACCUUUCUCUCAUGUUGGUAUGGACUAUGGAGGUCCUUUUCUUGCGGUUCAUCUUGAAGCCGUCACCGACUUGAGCACUGAUGCUUUCCUCGCUGCCUUGGACCGUUUUGUUGCUCGACGUGGAAUUCCGACCAAUAUAUACUCUGACUGUGGUACGAACUACAUGGGUGCUGCGUGUCAACUCAAACUUUUAUUUCGAAACGCCAAGGAGCAGGACCGCAUCUCCUCACAUCUGGAUUGUACAUGGCAUUUUAAUCCACCUGCCACGUCACACUUCGGUGGUAUUUGGAAGGCUGGUAUUAAGAGUGUCAAAGGCCAUCUCAAGCACGCUAUCGGUCAGCAACUAUUAACGCAUGAAGAAUUUCAAACAUUGGUCACCCGCAUCGAGGGUAUCUUCAAUUCUCGACCAAUCACGCCGAAAUCAUCUGACCCGAAUGAUUUAAGUGCUCUAACUCCGGGACACUUCCUAAUAGGAGAACCCAUCCACGCAAUACCACAGCCUGAUACCACUGACGUCAAGAUCAACAAGUUGAAUCGAUGA